ACUGAAAGUAAGACGAGCUCAGCGUAGAGCUGCAGUGAAAUACAGCAGCUUAAACAGCUGACACAUGAAGAGUAGUUGUUCUUUCACUCUGAAUGUACCGCCCGUCACCAGCAGGCAGUGGGCAGCAGUCCGUCACUGGAGUAGAGAUUGCAGACGACUCCAACAGUUACUGGCAGAUUCGGGGGAAGCCGAAUCGUCCGUGUCAGAGAGGAGUUGCCGUCAAGUGUGGUCAGACCAUCCGCAUCACACACAUGAAGACGGGCCGAAACCUGCACUCACACCACUUCAGCUCGCCGCUGUCUAACAACCAGGAGGUCAGCGCCUUUGGAGAGAACGGCGAGGGUGACGACCUGGACGUGUGGAUGGUGCAGUGCGACGGCGUGCACUGGGAGCGAGACGAGUCCGUGCGUUUCAAACACGUGGGCACUGACGCCUACCUGAGCGUGACGGGCGAGCAGUACGGACACCCGAUCCGCGGGCAGCGGGAGGUGCACGGCAUGAGCGCCGCCAACCAGCACAACUGGUGGCGCUCCAUGGAGGGCGUGUUCAUCCAGCCCAGCCAGGAGCCGCUGCGCCACGACGAGCUCUGACAUCAUCACCAGGGGACACGGAGCACUUGACCUCCGCGGCCUGUGGUGGGUCAAAGCACGUCCGGACCUAACGAUGUAAAAACUGACUGAAGACUGCUCUGUGAACACAGGAGGAACUCAGGGUGACCUGCCUCACUGGCUGAGAUGAAACGUACGACCACUCUCACUCCCGACACUUCAAACACGCCGCUCCAUCCCCACAUUGACGCUGCAGGUCCCUUUAUUCUUACAUGUGCACAUGACGUCAGGUGAUGUUCCCUGGUGGUGAGAAGGACCCUCGCCAAGAGACCAAGUCCUCUCCUUUUUAAACCACUAGUUAACGUCGACCUCACCAUGACCUUCUCUAUCCAAACUGUAACCUUUGACAUCAAACUCUUCUUUAUUAUCGUCUCUUCUUUAAUCUUUGUCAAAUGUUUCUCUGCAUUUCCUUUUUAAGUCUUAAUCCAGGGCUUUGAACCAACCUGGUGACCCAUGAUGACGUUUCUUCUCUUAUUCUAAUCAUUAAACCCCAAAGAUUAAGAAUCAA